UGUAGAACGAAUAGUUAUUUAUUCGUAUUUUCAAUUCAUAUUACGCGAUCGACAAUAUAACGACUUACAACGACUAAUAUUCCUGAUUAUUUAUAUUUAAAAUUAAAUAUUAACCUGUACACCGCAUUUAAUAUCUUCCUCCCCCUUUUAUCGCCAGUAUAUAAGAAAGUAUACAGCCAACGUUUCACGUGUGGCAUUGUAAACUCAAACACAAAAGAAUACUUUGUAUAAAUGUACUAUAAUUACGUAAAAAAGAUCGAGUUAGAAAUAUAUUUCGUAUGGUGAAAGAUACGCUUCAAAAUAAACAAGUUUUAACCUCAAUCGACAACGCGUGGAUAUCUGUACAUGUUGAAGAGGUUAUGUUACCGGUGCUUCACUUUACCGAACAAAUGAUCGUGGAGUAAACAAUCCUGAAAUAAAAUAAGAAAACUUAUAGAAAGUUUUUAUCGAAACGCGCAAAUAUGCCUACGUGGAACCAAAUUCAAGCUCAACUUCGAAAUCCAAAUAACCCAGUGGUAUUUUUCGACGUAUCUGUGGGUACAACAGAAAUUGGUCGAAUGAUCUUCGAGCUUUUCGAAGACGUCUGCCCGAAAACUUCUGAGAAUUUUCGACAGUUCUGCACAGGGGAAUACAGAAAGGACGGUGUGCCUUUGGGUUUCAAAGGUGCCAUUUUUCACAGAGUUAUUAAAGACUUUAUGAUCCAAGGUGGUGACUUUGUAAACGGCGAUGGUACUGGAGUCAUAAGUAUCUAUGGCGGUGGAACCUUUCCAGAUGAGAAUUUUACAUUGAAACACGACUCACCUGGGUUAUUAUCCAUGGCUAAUAGCGGUAAAGACACCAAUGGUUGUCAGUUUUUCAUCACAUGCGCAAAAUGUAAUUUCUUAGAUGGUAAACAUGUUGUUUUUGGAAGAGUUAUCGAUGGACUUCUCGUUAUGAGAAAAGUGGAGAAUGUACCUACUGGUCCAAACAAUAAACCAAAAAUUCCAGUAACUAUAUCGCAAUGUGGACAAAUGUAAUAGCUAAUAUAAUUGUUAUUUAUAUUUUUAUAAAGAAUGUACAUGUAAAAUACAAAAACUUGUAUUAUAUUUUCCUAGAGUAAAGAUGGUAUUUCAAUCGAAUGCCUCCCACCAUGUUUGUAUGAUUUACCUCCAGGCAGUCCAUACCUCCUGUUACCUCUGGCUAUCUUAUGAUUCCUUAUUAAUUCUAAAUUGGCUAUCAGGACUAUCUACUUAUUGGUACUUAAUACGUAAUUAUACAGAAAUGAAGUGAAAGAAUUUG